CAUGGAUUUCUCCUCCAAAAAUAGUCAAGUUCACAGGUAGAGAGAGAGAGAGAAAAACUAGAGAGAGAAAGCGAAAGAGAAACAAACGCUCGCUCGCUCACUCACUCUCUCACUUUUCAUUUUUCCUCUCUUUGUGCUUGUUCGUCGCCAUCGUCACCACCAACAAAGAAAACAGCGGAGCAGAAGAGCAAAGCUACUGAUAUAUGUUUUUUCUUUUUUUAAUUUUUAACCUUUUUCUAGUUCAUAAUUCAUGAAAUCUGAGAUUUUUUCUCUGGGGUAGUUCAAAAAGCAGCAACAAAGCUUGAUCUGAUGCAAUUCUCACUCCAAGUUUGAGUUUUCGCGUCGAUUUUCUGAUCCGGGUUGUCUUCUGUUUCAUUACAUUUAUCCUGUUUUAGUGUAAUGAGAUCAAGAAUCUCGGAGCUUUACCAAGUUUCGUGAUCAGAUUCGAAGCUUUUCUGAUCUGAAUUUCCGUAUUUGGUUGAGUUUUGAUUCAAAACGAUGGAAGAAGAUCAAGAGUUGAAGUAUGUAUGCAAGUUUUGCAGCAAGAGCUUCCCCUGUGGCAGAUCAUUGGGAGCUCACAUGAGGUGUCACUUAAUCAACAAUUCGCUGGAAACAGAGGAAAAGCUCAAUACCGGCAGAGUUAAGCUCUCGUCCUCCAACAAUGGCGGUUCUGAUUUCGAAGGCGGAACUCAUCAGCAACCCGGUUAUGGUCUGAGGGAGAAUCCCAAGAAAACAUGGAGGCUCACGGACUCGAGUGAGGACACUUCGUUUCAUCCGGACAGGUUUUGUAGAGAAUGUGGCAAAGGGUUUCAGUCUUGGAAAUCUCUUUUCGGUCACAUGAAGUUCCACUCGGAAAAAGAAAAAGUUUCGAUUGAGAGCCUCGAGGAAGAACACGAAGAUUCUUGGACUAGCCAAUCGGAGAACAAAACUACUGCUGCUCCUCCCAAUCGGGGAAGAAGAUCGGGAAGAAAAACAAGGUACAUGGGAGCAACAACUUCAUCUUCUAGCUUUUCAAUUGUUGCUGCUGCUGCUACUACUUCCUCUGUUUCCGAGAUUGAGCAAGAACAAGAAGAGGUUGCUAUGUGUUUGAUGAUGCUUUCGAGGGAUUCGGGUCACUGGGGCGGCUUAAAAUUAGUAGCUCGUGACUCUUUCGAUGGAAAUUCAGGGUUCUCGGAUCCUCCAUCAUCAGUUGGAACAACUCGGGUUGCGGAUAUUAAGAGUAAGAUUGCUACAACUUUGAAACUGAAGAACAAACUCAAUAAAAAGGUGUUGGAGCCUCGAAACUUCGAGUCCCUAGCAGUACUUGAAGGUAGAAAAUCCAAGUUUUGUUCUUCUGCUGGUGGGUUUUCGAAUAAUGAUAAAUUGGGUUCCAACAAGUACAAUUCAAGCAAGAGGAAGAUCAAAGAGACUUGUGAUUUUGAAUUGAGGUCAGAUCAGUCCCCAAAAAAUUUGAGUACUAGUAGAGCUGAUAUUUUGGAUUCUGAAGUAGUAGUUUGCAAGAGUUCACAAAAGAGAAGCAAAUUCGAAUGUACUACUUGCAACAAGGUUUUUCGAUCGUACCAAGCUCUCGGAGGCCAUAGGGCAAGUCACAAGAAGACCAAAGGGUGCUUCGCUUCGAAGAUUGAAAGCGGUGAAAACACCAUGGAAACUGACAUCUCCCCCGGGUCUUGCUGCAACAAUGACAACCCCAUUGAGCAAGAAAUAGCAGAGAGCGGUGCAAAAAGUACUAAAGGGCAUUCCUGUCCAAUUUGCUACAGAGUUUUCUCCUCAGGGCAAGCAUUGGGAGGGCACAAAAGAUCCCAUUUGAUUGGUGAGGCUAAAAUUACCAGCCAAACCCUAGUGAUUCAGAAGCCUGCAGCUCCUGAAGUGAGAAACUUUCUUGAUCUCAAUCUUCCUGCUCCUGUGGAGGAAGAAAGCAGUAGCAACCAUGAUGCAGCCGCAGUAGCAUUUAAGCCAUGGUGGGUCGGGAGCAGCAGCCAUAAGCAUGAGGCUGCCCUUGUAGGGCUCAUCUCCAACUGAGUUUCAAGUCCUUUGGCCAUGGAUUUUCGAUAGGAAAGUGAUCUCGGCACUCUCGGUUUCUCCUCCUGCACUCCUCCUUUUUUCUUCUAACUCUUUGAUUGAAUAAGUCAAAUGAGAGUCAAGCGAAGAAGAAGAAUAGUGCGCAAGGAGAAAAAUGAAAUGCGGAAAUUACUAUCCUUCCAAUAAAGGUUCAAGAGGUACAAAUACAUAUUUUCUGGACAUCAUAAUUCAUUGAUUCUUUACAGAUUUUAGGGCUUGCUGAGGCAGUAUUGCUGCUAAUUUGCCUUCCAAGUUAGGCCUUACCAAAUCCUUUUUUUGUUUUGUUAUACCAACAAUGUCAUUUCCUUUAAGAUUCAGGCUCAUUGAUUUUGUUUGACCUCAAAAAUUCAAUGCUGUAAUUACAUUUCAUAUAUAAGUCUUUGGAGUAA